AUGGAGUCGUUUCUUCCGCUUGGCGGCUUCCAGCUGCCAUUCCAAAAGCGCCUCAGCAGACUCUACAAUGACACAAAGAAAUCAAGCGACUUUGUCAAGGAACCUGUCCAAAAUGAGGAGGACCCUGAGAUCAAGGCAUUGCACCGAAAGCUCCGGAUUCAGAAAGACCGGCUGGUCACCUGGGGGUUGGAAUGGUCAGAUCCGACUCAAUCAGCUGAGAUUGAUGAGUCUCUAUCCAAGGCUGGCUUGAGUGAGGUUGUGGGAAGCAUCAUGUCGACUAUUAAAGAUAUCCUGGCAGAGGCCGAACCUCUCUGGCUCAGUUCAAAACGCAUCAUUCAAGGGCCUCAGACCUCACAAGACUCGAAGCCACCGCUGGUUCAAUGGGACAAGAACCGCUUCGAAGAUUUGGUCAACGAUCUCACUACAUCAAUCGACACUUUAUACGACCUUUCUCGAACUCGAGCUUCUGGUGGACCCCCAAGACGAUCAUCCAAGGCCCCCUUCAAGUCUCCUCAGCCAGCCGAGGACUUCCGCCCAUUCGAGUCCACACGCAUGCAAACUCCGCAGCAGAUUGACCCCCUCACCCUAACACACCUGCGACCCAGGAAGGGCAACGAAGCAGCUGUCCCUCGAGAGGUUGUCUUUAUGAGCAAAACAGCUUAUGCGGAGCUCACCCACGGAACCACACGUCAACCGUGGGCUCCUCUACUUCUCGAGUAUGCCACUUUCGACUCUAUAUAUGCCUCGACAGGCAUCAUGCCGCCAAUGGCUCGCUUCGAAAGGCUGUCGGCUGGUUUACAGCAAGACUCACAGCGAUCACCGGGGACAUGGACCGGAUUGCCUCGUCUCUUGGGAUACUUUGAAGACCUCGAGAACUCAAGGCUCGGUCUUGUUUACAGAUUUCCCCCUUCCUUCAAUGCUGUUUCGUUCGAGAGACUCACCAAGAACCCACUCUAUAACCUGCCCACUCUGGGAGACUUGCUCUCUGUCCCUGGAUCGGAACCCAAGCUUGAAGCCAAGUUCAGGAUGGCUCAAAACCUCGUCAACACCGUCUUUGACUUGCACGCCCGUGGCAUUACGCAUGGCAACAUUGUGGCAAGCAACGUCUCGUUCUGUGAUGCUGUGACCACGGAACCCAAUGCCGUCAACGGCGAAGUUGAUGUUCGACGUCCUCUACUCUCUUCAUUUGACCUUUUCCCAGAUGAUGCCCCCCUAACCUCAUCUCCACUAUCACGACAUCCUCUAGAUCCCCGCACUGCACCCACAUCCCCUCUGUCCAAGUACACAGACCAAAGGAUCCUUGACCUUUACUCUCUUGCCAUGCUGCUUCUUUCGAUUGGCUUGUGGUCAAGACUGGAGGAACUUGCUCCCGAGUUUUCACCCAGUAUCCCCGUGUCAAUCUUGGACCAGUUGGCUGUGAGAUGCGGUAGUCUCUACAUGAAGGCCGUUCAAGCAUGUUGGAAUGCAGUCGACGACGAACUUGCUGGCCGGUAUACUGGCGAGCAUUUAAUGUCAAUGGUACAGGUCAGGGCAAGUCGAUUCUUGGAGGCGUGCUGCAUCCUCGAUGGUGUCAGUGGCCUAGAAGAGAGGCUUGACCAAGAAUUGAGCCAAACAGACGCAAGUGCCUCCAAUAUUGGGUUCUCUGCCGACCAGCCUCCCAUGGGAGACACUUCUUCCAAGGGCGGCAAGGAUGCCAAGGACUCGAAAGGGUUGAUGGGCCCAUCAAAGGUCAGCGAGAAACAAGCGCCGUUAUCGGCACCCUCGCACGUCGCCAAGGCUGGGAAGAGCUCUGAGAGGUUUGAAGCGGAUGCAGACAUUGACGCCAAAUCAGAAGCCAAGCUUCGACUCUACCCCCAUGUCCCGCUCGCACCUGAGAUUGUGGAGAGAUGGAACAAGAUUCUGAUGCCUCAGAUCAAUCACGCCCUUCGCCAUUUUUAUCGCAAACACCCGGAGUCGGUUGAGAUUUCACUCGAAUCUGUUGGGCCGAGCCCACACAAGACCCAGCCAACAGUACUCGUCGUGUGCACCUCUGUUGGCAAGGUCCGGGCGAUCCUCAAGAAGAGGAUCGGCGACUUGUUUGACGAGACAACUGGCUUCGCGUUGAAGGUCUGUCGCGGCCAUGUGAUGAGAUCUCGCCGGGAGCCAUAUUCUAUCCUCCGGUCGAUGGCCCGGAGAAGUGCCAAGGGCGCCGGUUUAGAUGCGGAAGACGCCGAUGCCAUCAACCCGGAAUACCAAGAACGCCCAGGGAAUGGCGCCAGCAUUGGGGCUUGGAUUGGAGAUCGUCAUUUACCCCCUGUCAGCCUGGGAGGUCUUGUGAUGGUGGACGACAAGCCCUACGGCAUGACGGUCCACCAUAUGCUUGAUGACCCAGACCGUGAUUUUGGGGCCACCGACACCACAAGGUCUAGCGCGUUGCCCGACCUAGGCUGGUACGACCAGUCUGGAGACGAUACUUCCGCGGACGAUGGUGAUGGUUAUGAGCUUUCCGAUACCGAGUCAGAAGCUUAUUCGGAGUCUGAUAUCACGAGCGAUUACGAUGAUGACGAAGAUGACGAGGACGAUGAGUAUAACGAGCCUGGUGACAUUCCUGGGAUUGAGCCUGGGUGCGGUGAUGGGUACAUUGUUACACAGCCUGCUUUUGACGACGUGGAAGAGGGUUUCUAUCCCGACCCCGACACUCAAGAUGAAGACCAUCUCGACACAUUUAGUGUAGGAGAAGUCUAUGCUUCGAGUGGCAUCCGCAGGAAGGAGGCCAACGGACUGGUCCACGAGGUAGACUGGGCACUCUUCGAGUUCGCCCAUGAGAGACUGCCCGAAGACAACAAUAUCCCUCGCGCGCAGAGCAACUCGUCCCUGCAGAACCUGGGCCGAAAUUACAAAGACGGGGCGGCCCUGCUGCGGCCGACCACCGUCGCACCCUCCACGUCCCUCCCCGGCAUGGAGGUGCAGUGCAUGGCCCGGACGAGUGGCCUGCAGACCGGCAAGAUCCUCCCUGCCCUCACUAGUGUCAAGAUCUACGGCCGUGUCUCCCCGAGCCAUACGUACCAAGUCACCAGCGUCGAGGGUCCGGAGGAUGAGACGCACAAGAGGGGUGUGCCUCUUGGCAUUCCAGGCGACAGCGGCGCUUGGAUUGUUGAUCGCAGGCACGGCCAGCUUUGUGGGCAUGUCUUGGCUUGGAGUCAACGCAAGAGAGUUGCCUACAUUUGCCCCAUGGACGUCUUGCUUCUAGAUAUUGCAGAGACUCUUGAUGCUCACGAGGUUAAGCUCCCCGGA